AUGUGGUGGGGUGGCAGCGAGGGUGCUGAGGCAGCCGCUGAGGCUGUUGAGGCUGCCCCAGAAAUAGAGGACAUGAAAGAACAGUUUGAUAUGCAGCAGAACCUUAUCAAGCAGCUCAAGGACAUGGUGAAAACCCACCAGAGUCAGCUGCAUGAGAAGGAGCAACAGGUUCAGCGGCUGAGUCGGGCGGAGCACGAGCAGACCUCGAAGCUGGAUAGGCUCAGCCAGCAGGUGGCCGCGCUGGAGGAGGAGGCGCCGGCCAACCAGAGCACGGCCUCGACCAGCGGCGCCCAGGGACGGCGCGAGCGCAUGCUCGAAAUCAAGCGCAGGCUCGAGGAGCAGAGGCGGGUGCAGGAGGAGCGCAGCCAAGAGCGCCGCGUCGACCUCGAGACCAUGGUGCGCAACCUGCAGUCACGCAUCGAGGACACCGACUACUGCUACGACUCGUGCGACUCUGCCGACUCGGGCUCCGACGGCGACGUCGACUACGGCUCGUCGCCGCGCAAGUCGAUGACGCUGAGCGACUCGGUGCGAGGUAAAGAGCCGGAGGAGCUGUACGGCGUCAUCCUGGCGAAGGACAACCGCAUCUACGAGCUGUCCGACAAGGUGGCCCAGCUGGAGGCCACUGUCGUCGACCUGAAGGACACGCUGCAGGAGAAGGAGUCGGUGAUCUCGGCUCGCACGGCCGCCGUCAACCUGGUGACGCGCGCUCUGACCGAGCGCGGCCAGGUGACGCUGGAGACGCUGGACGACACGCGCCAGCAGAUGACGGCCAUGCAGGAGGCGUUCGCCGUGCACGAGGCCGACUGGCGCGUGCGCGAGGAACGACUCACCCGGCAACUGCAGGAGGCCAACCAGAGGCUUGAAGCUUCGGAAGAAAACUAUAAGAAGGCCGAGUCGACCAGAUUUGAUUUGGUUAUUGCGAACGCUAAUCUCCAGGAAAAACUUGUCAAGCUGCAGGCGUCGGCCAAAGACGAGGCCGGCCGCGCGGCGGCGCUGGAGUCGGAGCUGGCUGAGGUGAAGCGGGAGCUGGCCGACUCGCAGAAGAUGGUGUUCCGCGUCAAGUCGCAGAAGCGCCAGCGGGCCGCCGCACUCAGCCAGCGGAUCGAGGACAAGGACCGGCUGACGGCGGAGCUGGAGGCUAAGAUCGCCGAGCUCGUGUCAGCUACUGACGAGAAGGACACCCAGGUCUCCAAGCUAACGUCAGAGAAGACCAACCUGGAGCUGCAGGUGACCGCCCUAACCUCGUCCCUGGAGGAGGCGCGAGUCGGCCUCGACCAGGCCGGCACCAGCUUGGCUGAAACACGGGCCGAACUGGAGGAGACCAGGGCGAGCCUAGAGCAGACCGCCACCAGUCUGUCCGAAACCAACGCCAGGCUGGUGGAGGCGACCGCGAGCCUGCGGGAGGAGCGUGACGGCAGCGAGGCCACGACGGCCGAGCUGCGGGAAGCCAGAGCCGGUCUGGAGGAGGCGAGGGCUGAGCUGGAGAGGGUGCGGGCCGACCGAGACGUCCCAGGUGACGCCCGUCGGCUGGAGGAGGCCGAAGCUCGUCACCUCCAGGUGACGGCGGAUCUGGAGGAGCGUCUCCGUGUGCUCGGCGAGGCGGCCGGGCAGGCGCUGACAGCCGAGAUGGGAAGUCAGGCCGAUAGACAAAUCACGGCGGAGGUGGGGAGCCAGGCUCGCAGACAGUCGACGGCGGAAAUGGCGAGCCAGGCUGAAAAGCAAGUCACGGCCGAGGCAGCGAGUCAGGCCGAUAAACUGGGGACGGCAGAAACGGGGAGCCAGGCUGAAAAGCAAGUUACAGCUGAAAUGGGCAGUCAGGCUGAGGUGGGCGGCCAGCCUGAGAGCCAGCUGACAGCUGAAGCGGUCAGUGAGGCUGACUGUCAUGCGGCGACGGUGGAAGGCGCUCAGCCCGAGACGCCGGCCGUGAAGCAGCUAGAGGCCCGGCUGGAGGUGUUGAUGACAGACCUGGACACCUCGCGACGCAUGCUGGAGGAGAGCCAGAUGGACCGCGAGGCUCUCCGGCAGGAGGCGGCACGGCUGCAGCAGCUCGUCAGCGGCCUGGAGACGGAGCUUAAGGCAUCUGAAGGCUUCAUUUCAGAGCUUCAGUUCAGCAGCAAGCAGCUGCAGGAACAGCUGGACAACGAGAAGAGCGAGAGGGAAGCUAUGCGGAACGAGUAUGAAGCUCGCAACGCCGAGCUGGAGCGUGGGGAAGCGGCUGAGGCGGCCGCGGAGCCGCAGGGCGACCUCAAGAAAAUGGUCAAGAAGCUGAAGACGAAGCUGAAGCAGGAGUUGAAGGCCAAGUCCUCGCUUGAGGAGAAGGUGGGCAUCCUGAAGCAGAAGGUGCGCGCGCAGCUGUCGCAGGAGAAGGAGUCCAGACAGGCAGCCGACGGUCAGCUCACGGAGACGCGGAGUGCGCUGGAAUCGAUGCAGGCUCGGAGCGAGCCGCCGGCCUCAGUGGAGGUGGUCGCUGGAGGAGAGAAGACGGAGAGCGCGCAACAGCCGAUGCCGGUGCAGGAAGCCGAGGCUGAGUCACAGGCGGCGGGCACCGCGUCCGAGACCAAGCAGAAGAUGAAGCUGAUGAAGGUGAAGCUGCGCAAAGAGCUGCAGCUCAAGGCGGAGCUCCAAAAGGAGCUAUCGGACGUCAAGCAGUCCCUUGAUGAGACGCGGUCAGAGCUGCACGACGUGAGGAGCAACAUGGCUGAAGAAACCAGCCGGACGCACGAGCUCGUCAUGGCCACGGAGACAGAGCUGCGUGAGCUGCGAAACAAGCUCAGCGUCGCCGAGAACGAGUUUGCCCAGAUCGUCCGCGAGAAGGAGGCGCUGUCGGAGCAGCUGCAGGUUCACGCGCCUGCUGUGCCAGGCGGCGCUGGAGCGGCGGCCUCGCGCCGCUGA